AGCAACUAGAUCUGUGAUACUGAUCCAUACGAUAAAGUGAAAAUGAGCAAAGCUGAGUGGGAAAACAAUGAGGAAAUCAAAAUCUUUCGUGAAUAUUUGCGAAUUCCUUCGGUCCACCCAAAUGUAGACUACACCGGAUGCGUGGAGUUUAUUAAGCGUCAGGCAGCGAGCCUUGAUCUCCCAGUGGAUGUGGAGUACCCAGUGAACGAUGCCAAUCCCGUGGUUAUUGUGAAGUGGUUGGGCACCCAGCCAGAGCUGCCGUCAAUCAUACUGAACUCGCAUAUGGAUGUGGUGCCGGUGUUCCCCGAGCAUUGGACGCACGAUCCUUUCAGCGCCGAUCUGGACGACGAGGGUCGGAUCUACGCCCGUGGCACGCAGGAUACUAAGGGCAUUGGCACACAAUAUCUGGGUGCCAUUCGAGCACUCAAAGCGCAGGGCUACCAGCCGAAGCGAUCUAUCUACGUAACCUUUGUGCCCGAUGAGGAGCUCGGUGGAAUUCUCGGCAUGCAAGGAUUCGUUAAAGGACAAUACUUCAAAGCCCUCAACGCGGGCUUUUGCUUGGAUGAGGGCUGCUCCAACAUAGACGACUCCUAUUUCAUAUUCUAUGCAGAGCGAACAGCCUGGCAGAUUAGGUUUAAGGUGAGUGGCACGACAGGCCAUGGCUCCCAGCUGCUGCCGAACACGGCCGCCGAGAAGCUGCACUAUGUGAUGACUAAGCUGCUGGAAUACCGCACAAGCCAGAUGGAGAGGAUUAAGGGCCUGUCCAAUAAAUUUUCCGGCGAGGUGACCUCCGUUAAUCUCACCAUAUUGAGCGGAGGCGUGCAAAACAAUGUUCUACCUCCACUGCUAGAGGCGGUGUUUGAUAUUCGCAUUGCCAUCGACGUGGACCUAGUUGCCUUUGAGCAACAGAUACGCGACUGGUGCGCCGAGGCAGGCAGCGGCAUCGAGAUUGAAUUUGAGCGAAAAGAUGAAUUCUCGCCAGCCACGAAGCUUGACGCCUCGAAUCCAUUCUGGACAGCCUUUCAGAACUCGCUGAACGAACAAAACCUAAAGUGCACGCCCAUUGUGUGCCCUGGAUGCACAGACAGCCGCUUCUUGCGGCCCUUGGGGGUCUCGGCUUUGGGAUUUUCGCCGAUGAAAAACAUGCCCAUCCUGCCGCAUGCUCACGAUGAAUACACGCGUGCCGACAUCUAUCUGCACGGCAUUGAGGUCUACACGAAGAUCAUUCCAGCUAUUGCCAGUGUCUGAGAUAUACCAAACGUGCUUUA